UUGUGAUUUUCUUUUUAAUUUGAGUAGAAGCAAUUUAUUUUUAAAAAGUAUGACUCCUUUGAAGAUACAUGGUCCUAUCCGAGUACGGAGCAUUCAGACGGGAAUUACAAAGUGGAAAGAAGGGUCCUUUGAAAUCGUGGAAAAAGAAAAUAAAGUCAGCCUAGUGGUUCACUAUAAUGCUGGAGGAAUUCCAAGGACAUUUCAGCUAAGUCACAAUAUAAAGAAUGUGGUUCUUCGACCUAAUGGAGCAAAACAAAGUCGCCUGAUUCUUACGCUGCAGGAUAACAGCUAUUUGUCCAUUGACAAAGUACCAUGUAAGGAUGCGGAUGAAAUGAGGUUGUUUCUGGAUGCAGUCCAUCAAAACAGACUCCAUACAGCCAUGAAACCUUCCCAGGGGUCUGGUAGCUUUGGCGGAGUUCUCGGGAGCAGGACUACACAGAAGGAAGUCAACAGGCAGUUCUCUUACAUAGAAAAUCAGACUUCUUCGAAAAAAACAAAUUUGGAAUCCAAAGAUGAUACUACAUUUCGAAAAGUUCUUGGUAAUCCAGGCAGAGGAUCCACGAAGAACCCAACAGGAAGUGUAAUGAUUGGGACCCGCAUAAAUACCUCUCUGACUUCUACUCCAUCAACACCUUUAAGAACAGGAUUAUUAGAAAAUCGGAACGAAAAGAGAAAAAGAUUGCUAUCGACAGGGUCAGAGAUGAAUGAAGAUUACCCUAAGGAAAAUGAUUCAUCAUCGAACAAUAAAGCUAUGACAGAUCCUUCAAGGAAGUAUUUAAACAGCAGUAGAGAGAAACAGCUAAGCUUGAAACAGGCAGAGGAGAAUAGAACAUCAGGACUUUUGCCCCUACAGUCAUCAUCCUUUUAUGGUAGUAGAGCAAUAUCAAAAGAUUACUCUACUGGAAAUUCAAACCUGGACAGGUCUAGUGUUUCAAGCCAGACUCCCUCUGCCAAAAGGAGUUUGGGGUUUCUUUCUCAGCCAGCCCCUCUCUCUGUAAAAAAACUAAGGUCUAACCAGGAUUAUACUGGAUGGAAUAAACCAAGAGUGCCCCUUUCUACUCAUCCACAGCAACAAUUACAAGGCUUUUCAAAUUUGGGAAAUACUUGCUAUAUGAAUGCCAUUUUACAAUCCCUAUUUUCACUUCAGUCAUUUGCUAAUGAUUUGCUUAAGCAAGGUAUCCCAUGGAAAAAAGUACCACUUAAUGCACUUAUCAGACGCUUUGCCCACCUUCUUGCUAAGAAAGAUGUUUGUAAUUCAGAAACAAAGAAAGAUUUGCUCAAGAAGGUAAAAAAUGCCAUUUCAGCUACUGCAGAGAGAUUCUCUGGCUAUAUGCAAAAUGAUGCACAUGAAUUUUUAAGUCAGUGUUUGGAUCAGCUAAAGGAGGACAUGGAAAAAUUAAAUAAAACUUGGAAGACUGAGACUGUAUCUGGGGAAGAGAAUUCUCCAGGACGGACUUCAGAUGAUAUUGCAGCUACCAGGAUAUACACAUGUCCUGUUAUUACUAAUUUGGAGUUUGAAGUCCAGCAUUCUAUCAUAUGUAAAGUAUGUGGUGAAACUGUUCCCAAACGUGAACAGUUUAAUGACCUUUCCAUUGACCUGCCCCGAAGAAAGAAACCACUACCUCCUCGGUCAAUCCAAGAUUCUCUUGAUCUUUUCUUUAGGGCAGAAGAGCUUGAAUAUUCCUGUGAGAAGUGUGAUGGGAAGUCUGCUGUUGUCGCACAUAAGUUCAACAGACUUCCCAGGGUCCUUAUUCUUCAUCUGAAACGAUACAGCUUCAAUGUGGCCCUCUCGCUCAACAACAAGGUUGGACAGCAAGUGGUUAUUCCAAGAUAUUUAACUUUAUCAUCCCAUUGCACUGAAAGUACAAAACCGCCCCUCACCCUGGGUUGGAGUGCACACACAGCAAUUUCUCGGCCGUUGAAAGCAUCCCAAAUGGUGAAUUCCUGCACCAUCAGCACUUCUACACCUUCAAGGAAAUAUACAUUCAAAUCUAAGAGCUCCAUAGGUUUCUCCAUUGAUUCAGACAGUGAGGAUGAGCUGCUAAAACGUUCUGUGGCCCUCAGCCAGAGACUUUUUGAAAUGCCAAGCAGGGAGCAACAGGAAGACCUGGAAAAGGGUCCAAAAAAAUGCAAAAUGGAAUCAGAUAAAUCAGAAUUGGGAAACUCAGGAUUUGAUGGAAUGAGCGAAGAUGAACUUCUGGCAGCUGUCUUGGAGAUAAGUAAGAAAGAAGCCUCACUGUCUUUGACUAAUGAAGAUGAUGAUAAGCCUACCAGCAGUCCAGAUACAGGGUUUGCAGAGGAUGAUAUGCAAGAUAUGCCUGAAAAUCUGGAAUCUCUGGAGGCAGAAAAAUCAAAAGCCCCCAUAGAAGCUGGUCCUGCCAGUUUCACUGAGAUCACUAAAGAUUUUGAUGAGAAUAAAGAAAACAAAACUCCAGAAGGGUCUCAGGGCGAAGUCGACUGGCUCCAACAGUAUGAUAUGGAGCGAGAGCGGGAGGAAGAAGAACUCCAGCAGGCCCUCGCUCAGAGCCUCCAAGAGCAAGAGGCCCGAGAACAGAAAGAAGAUGAUGACCUCAAAAGAGCCACAGAAUUAAGUCUUCAAGAAUUUAACAGUUCCUUUCUGGAUGGGAUGGGCUCUGAUGACGACUCUGGGAAUGAAGAGGUUUUUGAUAUGGAGUACACAGAAGCUGAAGCAGAGGAGUUGAAGAGAAAUGCUGAGACAGGAAAUCUUCCCCAUUCUUAUCGACUCAUCAGUGUUGUCAGCCAUAUUGGAAGCACAUCUUCUUCAGGUCAUUACAUUAGUGAUGUGUAUGACAUUAAGAAGCAGGCCUGGUUCACUUACAAUGACCUGGAGGUGUCUAAAAUCCAAGAGGCCUCUGUUCAGAGUGAUAGAGACCGAAGUGGUUACAUCUUCUUUUAUAUGCACAAAGACAUAUUUGAUGAGCUGCUGGAAACAGAAAAGGCCUCCCAGCUGCUUAGUAUGGAGGCCGGGCGGAACACCCGGCCAGCACUGUGAGGAGCCCACACCCGGGCAGGCGGGCAUCUGUGUGUGUACACGCCUGUCUCUCUCGUUAUCAUAUUCUUUCCACCUGAGAAUUCUGAACUUAGAACUGACGCAGGAGUGACAAACAGCUCAGGGCCAAACCAAAACAUAGAAUGCUUCAAGCCAGAGAAGUCCUCCAUGUAUGGAAAUCCUUGAACCUCAUACCUGUAGCUGAUCAGCCUUCUCUCCAAGAACAGAGUGGAGCUUUCUGUAGUUCCAGGAACCUAGACACACACACACACACACACACACACACACACACACACACACACACACACACUGACCUUCUGACAUGUAUACUUGUGUGUACAUGGGUGUUUGUAUAUAUUGGACAGAAUGGAGCCUUAAAGAGUUGGAAUGAGCCACAAGACUUUGUUUGCUUGGAAUUUGUAGCACAGUUGGUGUGCAGAAGAAAUGGAAGAAAGUGACAGGGGGAUUUUCAAGUUCAUUCAACUGGGAAACGGGUGAAGAAACCACCUGAAUCACUUGCCAUUUGUGUAUGUUUAUGUCCUUUGAGAGCUGUUUGAGCAAUAGUGUAUAACUUUGAGUGUAUGUUUCAUUGGUACAGUUCACUGGAACCCCAACUCUCCACAAACACUAAUGAUAGUUCUUCCGUCUAAGGGGGGCGCUAUUGCUGUCAUUUGAGAUGAAGCAUGUUUUGGUUAUUUAAUUAUUAUUUCAUGGGUUUGUAACUCCUCUACAGUUUACAUUCAGUUCUAGGAAAUGAAAUGUUGGUGCUGAGGAAUGUGUUGUAACAUUUUCAUCAUCUUUCACAUUUUUUGCUCAUUGUGUGCUUUGUGCAUUUAAAAAAAAGUUUUAAUUCACAUAGUGUAUUCCUUUAUUCAGUCAGCAUCUGUUCUUGUUACUGGCUUUUCAUUUAUUCCAAUGUUGUGCCCACUUGAGAAUAGACAUCAGCUGUUACAGGCUGCUUCUGGGGUCAGCAAAAGCAGUAUAUAAAAAAGUUGGGCUAAAAUGUUGCCCUAAAUGGGACCCAUUGACAGAUGUUCUUUGGAAGGUUUCUCAUCUUCCUCAUGCCCAGAUAGCAAAAGGUGAUUCGUUCACCCUACCCCAAAUGUAAAACUGAGUCUGCAUUGGGAGCUCUAGGACAGGGCUUAAACAUUUAAAACCAUGUCCUCUCUUGAUGCAUUCCUAAGAAGAAUGAAUUAAUCUGAAGUGAGGAUGAUUUGGGUGAAUCCCAAGACUAUAAAGAAAUUUAGUGAAUUGACCUUAUAUGUUUGAAGGUGAGGAUAAAUAUGGUUUAAAAACCAGUACAUUUUGGUAAUUGCUCAAAUGAUACGAAACAGAUUGGUAAGCAGCUUGGGAAACCAUAUAAAGGAUGAAUUUAUUGUAGGUAAAAUUCUGUAAAGACUAAUUUUGAGAGCUUGGCUUCAUCAUUAAGUUCUCUUGCAGCUUGGUGUCAUGAAGCAUCUCAUUCCUUUAUUACAAAGAAGCGUGUUAAGAAGUAUUGGCUCUGAAUUUGGGCCGGAACUACAGUUUUAUUAUUUUAUAAAACAUGGAGGUUUGUUUUUUUUUUAACUACUUUCUCAUAUUGGUGUCAGGGCUGGUUAUCAUUAGUCUCUUGAAAGGAGAGCAGGCAGGGGAGAACCAUGGAUUUUUUUAACCACUAUUCAUAAACAUAAGCCAAAUUAUUGGUGUUGGGAGGCUAUCUUUUCUUUUGAAGAGCCUCCAGCAUUACAGGCACAACUUUGUUCUACAAUCUGUUCUGUAAGUGUAGCAUCUUCUUACAUGGGUUGUUUUAUAUUGUGACUUAACCACAAACAGGAAAUGCUUUUGAUCCCUUCCCUAUACCACAUGCACUACUGUAUCAUAAACUAUCAAUUUUGUAUUGUUGGCAAGAGAAAUCUAAGGGAAAAGCUUAUUUUAAUAUAGGUUUUGUUUUUCAACAUUUCCAAGAAGAAAACCCUUUUAAAAAAAAUAAAAGUUAAAAAAGUCAUAGAAUAAACGAGUUAACUGAUUGUAGCUUUCCUACACUCUCCUUCCCCAUCUCCAGUCUCCAUAAUUGAGGGCAGCAUUAAAAGUAAACAUGAAUGACUUUGAAGACAAUUCAGAGGGAACAGUUACAUUUGGGGUCAGUUGGGAAGGUAGGAACAUAAGGAAGCUCUCUAGAUGGGCUCCUGAAAAGUUAGCCCAUAUUGAGCUAAUGUAGUUGGAAGCAUGAUUUAAUGGGGUCUUCUUCCUCACUCUUAGCAUGUUGGGGCUCUAUCUUUUAAGAGUGGAUCACCAGGUCAGAAGGGCUGUUUUACUGCUGUUGGGCCUUGGCUAUCAGGGGCUUCAGUUCUGUCAGACACGUCCAUGUGUCGUCACCAGUUCUUUUCCUGUUUCACCCUCCCACCACAGCAUCCCUUCUCAGUUUAGUUUAAUGUGGAGUUCCUAGCUACAAAUUGGAAUUUCAGUUUUUGAUUGUGUUGAUAGGGAUACUCUCCCUACACUAGCAGGGGAGGGACUAUUCCUGGUUGAAGUGGCUUUAUAUAGAUUUUUAAAAUUAUAUAUGUAUGUAUGUGUAUAUAUGUGUACAUAUAUAAUAUAUAUUUUAUUAUUUGCACAGCCAGUUCAGAAUCCUAGUAUGAGUGUGUGACAAGUAGAGGAAGAAGGGGUCCAGUUAUUCUGUAGAAAAACAAAUUUCAACUGCAAAAUCCUAAGCAUUUUGUGGCCAUCAGUUAUAAUAUAGCAUUGGAACUUGGUAGCACUUAGUUCUUACACAACCAGUAUGAUGUGUUUGGGGUGUUUUUUUAAAAGGAAAACCAAACCAAAUGAAAUCUAUAUUGGUUCGUAUUACCUAGUAUUUUGAGGUGUUAGAGAAUUUCAUACAUCUAAACGUCAUCAUCAUUAGAGCAGCUGUGAAUAGAAUUUCAGCCUGCUAUAAGAUAGACUUUGUUUUCUGUGUGUGUGUGUGUGUGUGUGUGUCCGUGUCCAUCCCAGCACUGCAGUAUAACUAACAAAUCCACACAUUUUUCCUUCUAUUUUACUUAGAUUUUGAAAAUUCUUUGUAUACUGAAAAGGUUCUGCCUUAAUUACAGGCCCACUCAAUGACCACUAAUAAAACUAUUCAGGCAUCAUAAAUAUCACAUAAAAUGUACACAUUUGGUAUACUAGUCCAGAAAGCAAACCCUAGCCAUGUUCAUUUACCAAUACCUUUGAUCAAAGGUUUCUGAAAACAAGCUUUAAGAAUUAAAGCAUGGCAGAGGGAUGAUUGGCAAAUUUACUUAAUUGUCCCUUCUCCCCCUACUGUUAGGUAGCAUUAUAUAGCUAUAUACACAGCUAUAUAGCAAUAUAUACAUAGACAGGUGUAUAAUGUGGGCUGUCUAGAAGUGCACAUUUGUAAAGGAAAAACGGCAGUUUUUCAAAUACACUCAGUUGCUAGGUGUGGCAUGUGUGGUUAGGGAGGGUUUUUUGUUUUUUUUUUUAACAGGUAGAAUAUAUCGGGUAAAUUUUACUCACCUCACCCAUAAGAGAUUUAGUCCAAAUAAGCUGUGUUUAAAUAAAUAAAACUAUUACCCUUCUUUGUUUUUUCACCACCUGUGUCCCCUUGAAAUACCUGUCCUGAAGAGCAUUGAUUUACAACACUUUUAGUCUUUUCCUGUUUCAUAUAAAUAAUAACCUUCAUGUGGUCAUAUUUAUCAGUGCAACUGAAAUGACUUCCAAGGGGGUGUGUGUGUGUGUGUGUGUGUGUGUGUGUGUGUAAAAUAUAUAUAUGUGUG